AUGAAAGCACUCACCCUCGACGCCGAAAAGAAAACCGCCACCGUCCAAGAGCUCCCGCUCCCCUCACCAGGCCCAAAUGAGCUCCUCAUCGCCGUCAAGGCCAUCGCCCUCAACCCCGUUGACGCGCUCUACACCUUCCAGCCGCUCGGGAGCACCGGCCGCGUAGUAGGCAGCGACUUUGCCGGCCUGGUGGUCGCGCGCGGCCCGCCUGCCGCGGGUUCAUCAUCGUCGGACACACGGAACGGGCAGUCCAACGGCGGCAGCCCCAGCAGGCUCCGCCGCUCCAGCACGGCGCUCUCCACCACCAUCAACCGCGGCGACCGGGUGGCGGGGUUCCUGCAGGGCGCGUGCAGCGUCAACGAGCGCCCGGGCGCCUUCGCCGAGUACGUCGUCUGCCCGGCCGAUCUGGUCUGGCGCAUCCCGGGCCACGUCCCGUACGAGGAGGCGGCGAGCGUCAGCCUGUGCGGGCUGACGGCCGCGCAGGGCCUGUUUUUCCGGCUGGGCUUAGACGCGCCGUUUCAGUGGGAGGACGAAUCGGAUGAGGGCGUGCUGAGGCGCGUGAGGAGCGAGACCAGCCAGGAUGGCGAGGCGGGUCGCCGCGGAGAUAUAGUGUUCUUCGUGGCCGGCGCUUCGACUUCGGUGGGGCUGUACGUUGCUCAACUUGUGCGACGGAGCGCCGAGCACACUGGCCGCAAGGUCAGGUUGAUUGGGGCGGCGAGCCCGAGGAAUUGGGAGAUGCUGAAAGAGGAGCCGUACGCGUAUGAUCACCUGGUGGACUACCGGGACCGAAGCUGGCCUGAGCAAGUGCGGAAGGCCUCAUCUGGCGGAGUGCACUAUGCUUACGAUGCGAUUUCCGAGGGUGCAACGGUCAGAGAAGUCAGCUCAACCCUUCGGAAAGGAGGGAAACUGGCGGUCGUGAGAUCAAAAGAGGCUGGCGCGUGGCAGACAGAAGGCGUGAAUGCAGAGGCGAUUUAUGGAGCAGUCUGGGAAGGCCUAGGAGAGGACGUCGAGUACCAAAAGUUUGUGGUACGUACAUCUCCAGCCAAGAGGUCCUUUGCAACGGCAUUCUACAAGUGGCUAUCCGAUGGAGGCCUCUUGCAACCCAACCCAGUGCGAAUUAUGCCUGGUGGACUGGAGAAGGUUGUACCAGACGGUUUUGCCGUGCUGGGGACGGGCGUGACGAGUCGCGGCCACAACAGGACGGAACUCCACAUGAGACCUAUCAGUGGUGAGAAGCUUGUAUACAAGAUUGAGACCGAGAGGAGAGGCAGCUUCGGCGAUGGUCAUAUUGCGUGA